AUGGUAUGUACGAUCAUGUCUAAAGAAGUUUUCGCUGUUUUCGGAAAGGCAAACACGUCAAUGCUUGCUACAGUCAAGUCGUACAGUAACACAUUUCAGAUUCCAUAUCUGACUACAAGUAUGGCGAUGAAUACUUCAGACCCAACACCUUAUAUACUCUUCCUCCGACCUAUGUAUGUAAAGGCCAUUGUUGAUUUGAUACACCAUUUUCAAUGGGAUGUUGUUCACUAUGUCUAUAUAUCCAAUGAAGGUCUGAUGCGAGUACAGCAGCUGUUUCAGGUGAUGGGAAAAAGUGAACACCAGGUUACACUUAAUGUGAAACGUGCGACCGACGUCAACAGUAGCUACGCUAUUCUCAAAGAUUUGCAUGAAAAAGAACCUGAAAUAAAUUUCCACACAGUACUGGACAUGUCCAUUCAAAUGGCCAGUAAUUUAAUGAAGCAAUUA